AAGAUCUCCCACCUGGACAGCAUCUUCCUCAGCCGGGUGGCCUGGGCCAACGUUGGUGGGCUGCCAGGUAUGAUUCUCACAUUAAAGGCUAUGGGGCUUCAAAGAUGUGUUUUCCUAGGGCCACCAAAGCUGCAAAACUACUUGAAAGCAAUUCGACUCUUUCCUGGGCCCCUAAAAAGGAUGGAUUUAGCUGUGCAAUUGCACACAGAGCCUGAGUAUAAGGACGAGACAAUGACGGUCUACCAAAUACCUCUUACAGGAAAACCACUAGCUGCUGAAAGUACGUUGCCUCAGAGUCCUGGAGCAUCAACCCGAGGUGGAAAUAGCCCUCAAGGGGACACAGGGCCUGGAUCCCCAAGAGCUGCACAGCAAAGCUUGGAGGAGGGCAAGGAAAAAGAAAGCCCAAAGAAAACAGGUGAUGAACAGAAGUGUGCAAGCAGGCAUCCUGAUCUGGUGAUGGCUUUCCUUUGUAAAAUUCACCCAAAGAAGGGAAAAUUCCUGGCAGCUAAAGCACAGGAGAUGGGCCUGCCAGUGGGAACUCCAGCCAUUCUUCCCAUAAUUACAGCUCUCAAAAACGGGGAGAGCAUCACUUUUGAAGGCAGAGAGCUCUUUCCUGAAGAACUGUGCACCCCUACUGAUCCUGGCCCAGUGUUCAUUGUGCUGGAGUGCCCUCACAAGGGUUUUUUGGAUGCUGUCUGUGAAAACAAGACCUUCCAAAGGUACCAGGAAGGACUUCCUGAGAACCAGGUGGCCUUGGUUAUUCACAUGACUCCAGAGUCAGUGCUUCGAGACAGCCGCUACCAGCAAUGGCUGGAAAGAUUUGGACGUGGAACCCAGCACUUGGUGCUCAAUGAAAACUCCUCUGCAGUGCACAACCCACGCAGUUACAAGAUCCAAACUCAGCUGAACCUCAUCCACCCAGAGAUCUUCCCUCUGCUCACCACCUACCAGAGCAAGGAAGAAGAGGCUGUGUGUAGUGUUCCCAUUGUGCGAGGAGAGUGCCUCUUGAAAUACCACUUCAGACCACAACAGGAGUGGCAGAGAGAUGCUGUGACUGUCUGCGAUUACGAUGCAUUUGUUAGUGAAGCCUUGGAUCUUCCUGACUUCCAGGCUCGUGUGAAGGAGUGCAAAGAGAGCCUGUCUGCUGUACCAGGAAAUGUGGGUCCUUAUCCUGAAAUUGUGUUCUUGGGAACAGGAUCUGCAAUUCCAAUGAAAAUCCGAAACGUCAGUUCAACGCUGGUAAAUACCAGCUCUACCCGAUCCCUGCUCUUGGACUGUGGAGAAGGAACGUUUGGACAGCUGUGUCGUCACUAUGGAGAGCAAGUUGACCAAGUGCUGUGUAACAUCGUAGCUGUGUUUGUGUCUCACAUGCAUACCGAUCAUCAUUCGGGGUUGUUGAACAUCCUGAUGGAGAGGCGGAGAGCUUUUGCAGCCCUUGGUCAGGCUUUCAGCCCUCUGUUUCUGGUAGCACCUGAACAGAUCAUGCCCUGGCUACACGAGUACCACAACCACUGUGAAGAGAUUCUCGGAGACAUCAAAAUGAUUACUUCCCAGUCUCUUGUGAAAGGUUGUGAGAACAUCAAGCCUAAAGCCAAAUGGUUUGUCAGUUCUCUGUUAGAGAACUACGACUUGGCUGAGUUUCAGACUUGUGAAGUCCAGCACUGUAAAAAUGCUUUUGCAUGUUCAAUGAUCCACAAAUCUGGCUGGAAAGUAGUCUAUUCUGGUGACACAAUGCCCUGCAUGGCCUUAGUACAAAUGGGGAAAAAUGCUACCCUGCUGAUUCAUGAAGCAACACUGGAAGAUGGCAUGGAAAAAGAAGCAAUAGAGAAGACACACAGCACAACCUCCCAGGCGAUUCAGACUGGGAUGAAGAUGAAUGCAGAGUUCAUCAUGCUCAAUCACUUCAGUCAGAGAUAUGCUAAGAUCCCGCUGUUCAGUGAAGACUUCAGUGAGAAGGUUGGAAUUGCAUUUGAUCAUAUGAGGGUACGUUUUGGUGACUUUCCAACCAUCCCAAAGCUGAUCCCAUCUCUGAAGGCUUUGUUUGCGGGUGACAUAGUAGAAAUGGAGGAGCGGAAGGAAAAACGGGAAAUGCGCCUUCUGAAGGAGACUGCUAUAGUCUUGGACAAACUGGCUGAUGGUGAGAACGAGGAAGAGCUGUGUCAGAAACGGAAACAGGCCAAGAACUAUCAGGAGCUACCAAACAAGAAGCUUAAAACAGUAAACUGAAAGAAACAAGAUUGAGA